AUGAGAGUACCGAGUUACUUCAUAAACUUUAUAGCUCUACUAAAUUUGGUUAAUUCACAAAGUGCUCCAAAUGUUUGUUUUUGUGCCACGUCUGGAAGUUGCAAUGGAAUUGGUGGAGGUGGGAAUGGUGGUGGAACUGGAACAGGUACAGAUGGAACAGUCGUCAACUCUCAAGUAUUUUGCCAGUCUGGAUUGGAACGGUGCUGUCCCUCGACUGGAUAUCAAUGUGGAAGGAGAUAUCCUCCAGUAGCUGGUGCUAGACAACCAAUACCAGGAUCUGGACAAGCUAAUUAUGGAGCAUAUCCUUGGCUUGCAGUAAUUAUGGGUCAGACAGACUUAAGUUUUCAAGGAACUGGUGCUCUUAUCGAUCACAUGCAUGUUUUAACUGUUGCCCACAAACUCAACCAAUCACUGGCCAGUGGACAGCCAUUCAUUGUUCAACUUGGCAGAUGGGAUGGCUUAUCUGAGGUCAUUCCAUACCAAACGUUCACUGUGAUGCGAAUCUUUUCACAUCCGUCAUUUAAUCCAUCCAACUUACAAAAUGAUGUCGCAAUUUUGAGGUUAUCGCAGUCUGUUAAUUUAGGAGCAACACCUACCGUUGGGACUGCGUGCUUACCGACGAACAUGAUCAGUGGAGUAAGAUGCAUGGUUGCUGGUUACGGAAGUGCAAACUUUGGAGGACAGAUAACCUCCAAUUUAUUGAAAGAAGUUGACUUACCACUUGUGGAUCAAUUUACAUGUCAAAACUUACUAAGAUCGACUAGGUUGGGACAAAACUUUAUAUUAGAUCAAAGCAGCUUUUUGUGUGCUGGUGGUGAGCUUGGGAAAGACGCAUGCACUGGCGAUGGUGGAGCUCCCCUUGUUUGCCAGGUAGCCAAUCAAUGGUUUGUCUUUGGAUUGGUUGCAUGGGGCAUCGGAUGUGGAUCCUCAAACGUUCCUGGUGUCUAUGUGAAUGUUGUUAAUUACAUGAGUUGGAUACAACAGACAACAAACUCACCUUAA